GACAAGAAGACAAAAAGACAAGAAGGCAAGAAGACAAGAAGACAAGACAAGAAGACAAGAAGACAAGGAUACAAGAAGUCAAAAAGACAAGAAGACAAGAAGACAAGAAGACAAGAAGACAAGAAGACAAGAAGACAAGAAGACAAGAAGACAAGAAGACUAGAAGACAAGAAGACAAGAAAUCAAGAGAACAAGAUCGAAGAGCAAAAAACGCAUUUUUUAUAUAUUUCGCACACUUUGAAGAGAAAAACAUUGAUCAUCGCAAUUCAAGAAAAUUGGCAAAACCUUCGCGAAAAUCAUUUGAAGACCUUUCUGCGAACUCAAAUAUGCCAUCAACCUCCAAAGGCUCAUAGAACUUGAGGUUCUCAAUGACCUUGAGGAUCUUGGCUAUUCCGAGGACCUUAAAAGGCAUUAGAACCCUCUGCAAAUUCUCUGCAAACCACCAGGAUCUUGAAAUCUCGUGGGCGUCAACAGUGUUCAAGGUUUUCGGAUCUUCACUUUCUGAGGCAACGAAAACUGAGCGAUUUAUUAAUUUUAUUAAUCUUAGCUGCUCCGCGAAGCGCACUCCGAAAGCACCCUCGCCUUAUCGCGUGUUUGUAGGUGGGCAUCUGCUUGUGUCCACACUCUCCCAAUGCACAAGCGGCGGUACCAUAUUUCUUUUUUUCGUUUUCGGUCUGUUUCUCGCAACGUGUGCGACCCGCACCGGCAGCAACGACGGCCAAGUGCGACAAAUAUCCGUCCUGUUCCUCGCACCGACCGAUAUGACACGGUCCUUUCACGAGGAACGUGUUGGUUCAGUCUGGUUCAUUCGGUGCUCGGGAACGGCCGUGCUGUUUCGUCGUCCCGCGAAAGGGCGCCUUAUUCUGCGAUUGCGAACUCGGCUGUCGUCGACGUCGGUUGCGUGCGGCAAUGCGGUGUGGUGUUUGAACUCAUCCUCCGGCGUCUACUGUUCGUACAUUUGAGUGGAUCCAUUUGGGGAUGAGAUGUUUGGUGUUUGCAAUUUUUGCCAAUUGUUAUGGAAAGAGUCGCGACUGAAGCAGACAGCGUGCGGUCGUACAACAGCUGAUGGAAGAGGACUUCCCUGAACUCGCGUUGUGUUGGUCCUUUGUGGAAAAGCGAAAUAUGUUUUUGUGCAACUUUCGUUACCCAGAAUGCUGUUUGCUGAAGGUGAUUGCUAGUGUAGAGAUUUGCGGGAGUUGCCUCCGAAGUAGUGCCAAUUAUAGAGUGUUUCAGUUUGCCGCUGUGAUGAAACAAUCAAAAAUUAGAGAGCAGCUGACCGGAUAGGACGCUCGGUUGAUUUCGUGUAGUUAAACGUUCCGCACGUUGUCGGUUCAAUUCAACCGCAGCACACUGCUGUGCGGUACUACGCGCCUGUUGUGAGGGUGAACCUGAGUGAUGAAUCCGCCAUUCCUAGUGCCGUUUCCAAGAACAACCUCAGCCGGUAAAUUUGGUGGGGUUGUGAUAAAAUUAAAUGAUUCCGCGCGCACUGACCUGUAGUUUUACAUUUGGAUACCGAACGCAAGCUGUCAGCGUUCUUUGAGUACGCGAGGAAAUUUAUGUUCUUUCUGCAGUCGCGACGAUCCUAAAGCCGAUACGAAGAAUCUCAAAUUCUUUCACUCCGCAGUUAGACGACAGGGGAGUCGUAGAGGUACGGAAUGAGGAAAAGUGUAAACUAACGAAUUGAGUUUGCAGCAGUGUGUUGGAAUGUCGCCACAUUCUGGCUGCCUGUGAGUAGUGGUGGUGAUUGUGUUGAUUCACAUAUGAUUAGCGCCUUCACGUUUCGGAUGCUUGUCUCUAGCUGGCCCGACUACGACGGCGUAUACGCUGGUUGGCUGGCUGGAUGUGUCGUUGAGUGUUAUCUAACUGCAUAGAAGAUUAUUCCGGCUCUUAUCGUUUGUUGUGAUGAUCGGCUUGUGUUUGGAUAAGAGUUCGGAUAUUUGGUAAAUAAGUGCGUGCAUUCGAAACAUAAGAACCACCUUUUAACAAAGUUUUAGUGAAACCAGACUUAUCAAAAGAACAAAAACCGAAAACAAAGUAGAAGACAAAGUGCUCUAAUGGAACAGGAUCCGCCACGUGCCAGUGGCAAAGGAAGUAAAGUCUGCCGCCGACGACGAGAGAAAGAAAAAUGAACAGCUGAUUUACCGCCAGCUGCAGCCGGUAAAGGUGGGAAAUGUGAGCUACCUCCUCGGUGGUUGCCCUUUCCAAGCCAUCCUAGCGCCGGAACCGGAUGUGUUGAACAUUGUGCUCACUUUAUUGUGGUAGGCAGGCAGACAGGCAGGCAGCCGGCCGACGCUAUGCCGUGGCGUAGGUGUGCAAGUACAAGUUUUAUCGAACACGACCGGAGAUUGCAAGGAACAACGUUGCGGUUGUGGGAACAAAACGUGGGGGCAAGUUGGAAAUGGUGCAACGUUAUUGGAACAAGUGGACUUAUCGGCGAUGGUAGUAGUUGUAGUGCCCAUUAGUUGGGGAACCAGUGGAGUCGAUCUGAAUGAAAUAAAUCAACGCCGCCGGAAGCCGCCGGUCGGAAGUGGACUCCUCUACAUUAGCGACGCAACCGAAGGCCCUGAUGGGCCAGAGUGCUAGCAUGUGUCGCUUCAAUGGUUGCCGUUACAAGAAAAACAAGCAAGGCCUGCACUUGCGCAGUAUAGAGGAGCCUCAAAGCAGAAUGCCCGCCGAGCAGGGGGGCACAGUGGGGCUCGAUACUUCGUUGGGCUCUCGUUCUGGUGUCCCCCUGCCACUUCAGCUACAGCCAGCUCCAAACAGCACUUCCGGCCAGAACCAUCACCAGCUGGGCCUGAACAGUCAUCAUCACCCGCAUCAUCAUCACCAUCACCAUGCGCUCCACCAGCACCACGUGGGAAGCAGUGGGAGCAUUAGUGGGACCGGCGGAAUCGGUACCAUGUCCGGGAGCUCCGGAUCAAACGCCUGCUAUGACGCCGAAUUCGCACGAAUGGAGUCCUGGUUGGACGAGAAUCCGGAGUUCAUGCAGGACUACUUCAUACGAAAGGCCACCAGAAACAUGGUCGACGGGUGGAUGGUUUCGCAUGCCACACCGGUGACUACGGCCGGUGGGAGUAACAUGGAUUCUCCUACUCAUGGCGCUGGUGCCCAGGCUGGUUCGUCACGAGCUGGAUCCGGCGCGACCACUCCAGUGAGGAAAAUAUCGGCCCACGAGUUCGAACGGGGUGGUCUGCUGAAGCCCAUAGUGAACACCAUUGACGGGACGCCCACCUUUCUCAGCAUCGGGCUACAGAACGAGUGUCUACUGUCCGGCGGUGGUCCCAGUCACCAGAACGGAGGCGCUCUGGGAGUGCCCUGCGGAAGCCAACGACCCCAGCGGUUAUCGCGGAAUGAACUUCGUCAGCUGGAUGAGCGGGAGCUGAUAUUUGAACUGGUAAAGGACAUCUGCAACGAUCUGGACGUGCGGUCGUUGUGUCACAAAAUUCUGCAAAACGUGUCAAUUCUACUGAAUGCUGACCGGGGGUCGCUAUUUCUGGUCCAAGGCAAAAGUACCUGCGGCAGAGAUAAUACCAAAAAAUGUUUAGUAUCUAAAUUGUUCGACGUCUGCUCGAGCAGCACGCUGGAGGAGAUGGAACAGCAGGACGAGGUGAAGGUGGCGUGGGGCAUGGGAAUCGCGGGCCACGUGGCGGAAAGCGGGGAACCCGUCAACAUACCGGAUGCGUAUCAGGACGAACGCUUCAACCGGGAAAUCGAUGUACAAACUGGCUACCGUACGAAAGCGCUUCUUUGUAUGCCUAUCAAGGACGGUUCCGGAGAUGUGGUCGGGGUGGCUCAGGUUAUCAACAAGCAUGGAGACCAGUGCUUUACUGUUGCUGACGAAAAGGUUUUUGCAUCCUAUCUGCAGUUCUGCGGCAUCGGGCUGCGGAACGCUCAACUGUACGAAAAAUCCCAACUAGAGGUGAAGCGGAACCAGGUGCUGCUCGAUCUGGCGAGGAUGAUUUUCGAGGAGCAGAGCACAAUCGAGCAUAUGGUGUUCCGGAUACUGACCCACAUGCAGAGCUUAAUACAAUGCCAAAGAGUUCAAAUCCUACUGGUGCACGAGGCUUCGAAAGGAAGCUUUUCGCGCGUGUUCGAUUUUGAAGCAAAUGAUCUCAGCGAAGAUGAGGGUGAUGCACGGACAAGCCCAUUUGAGUCUCGGUUUCCCAUAAACAUUGGUAUUACCGGUUAUGUGGCCACUACCGGAGAAACUGUGAAUAUAGGAAACGCUUACGAAGACGAUCGAUUCGAUCCCAGCGUAGACGAAGGGCAGAGCUUCCGGCACAAAACCAUUCUUUGUAUGGCGAUAAAGAAUUCUCUAGGUCAAAUUAUAGGUGUAAUACAGUUGAUCAAUAAGUUCGACGAACUCAAUUUUACCAAAAAUGAUGAAAACUUCGUGGAAGCAUUCGCCAUCUUCUGCGGAAUGGGCAUUCACAAUACACACAUGUACGAAAAAGCAAUCGUAGCCAUGGCGAAGCAGAGCGUCACACUGGAAGUGCUCAGCUACCAUGCUUCGGCCACCAUCGACGACGCCGUCCGGUUACGGCAACUUAAAGUUCCAUCCGCAGCGUUCUACCUGCUGCAUGACUUCAAGUUCGACGAUCUGUUUAUGGAGGACGACGACACAUUGAAGGCCUGUUUGCGAAUGUUUCUGGAUCUGGACCUGGUCGAACGGUUCCACAUCGACUACGAAGUGCUGUGCCGGUGGCUAUGUUCGGUCAAGAAAAACUAUCGCAACGUGACCUACCACAACUGGCGACACGCGUUCAAUGUGACGCAGAUGAUGUUUGCCAUCCUCACGUCUACGCAGUGGUGGAAGAUCUUUGGUGAGAUUGAGUGUCUGGCGUUGAUCAUUGCGUGUCUCUGCCACGAUCUGGAUCAUCGUGGGACCAACAAUUCUUUCCAAAUCAAAGCUUCAUCGCCACUUGCUCAAUUGUAUUCUACAUCGACGAUGGAGCACCACCACUUCGACCAAUGUUUGAUGAUUAUCAACAGCCCUGGGAACCAAAUCCUGUUAAACAUGUCCUCCGAGGAUUACAGCCGGGUUAUAAAAGUUUUAGAGGAUGCCAUCCUAUCCACCGAUCUGGCUGUGUACUUUAGGAAACGGGGACCUUUUCUCAAUCUAGUGAAACCAAAUACGCAGAUGGCACUGUGGCAGGCCGAAGAGCCCCGGUCGCUAUUGCGGGCAAUGAGCAUGACCGUUUGUGAUUUGGCUGCCAUUACCAAGCCGUGGGAAAUUGAAAAACGGGUGGCUGAGCUGGUCAGUUCGGAGUUCUUUGAACAAGGUGACAUGGAGCGACAGGAAUUAAACAUCACGCCCAUAGACAUCAUGAAUCGUGAAAAGGAGGAUCAGUUACCAAUGAUGCAAGUGGGAUUUAUUGAUUCCAUCUGUCUACCGAUCUAUGAGGCUUUUGCUUCUUUGUCGAGCAAGUUGACUCCUCUCGUUGAUGGGGUGAAGGACAACAAAAACCAUUGGGUAGAUCUGGCUCAAAGCUCCAAGGAUAAAUUUGCAAACAAUAACAACAGCAUCGCCAGUCACAACAAGAACAACAACAGCGUUGCUACCCCUAAUCACAUCAAUAACACCGUUGAUGAUGAGUCCAGCGAACUUAACCGAAGGUCUGCCCUGGGAUCGCCCACAAAUUAUAGUCGAUCUAAUAGUGCCAACAAUGCAGUUGACAUUGAUAACGACACUCAUAGUACAGGUAGUCACGACACCAACAAUACCAGCAACAUUGCAGAGAAGAUCGUCGGCAGACUUGGGGUGGACCUUACAACCACAACCGCUUUCUCCGAGGUACCAUCCUAUCUGAUUGGUAAGAAGGAGAAUGGAUGGCUACAUUCGGGAAGCGACAAGAUUAGGCUCAUGCGGAUAUCGUCCGUGGAAGGGAAAUCCGCCAGCAACGAGCAACCACUACUGGACCAAUAAACCAAAUCGGUAGACCCAAAAGUUAGGUUAAACCGUGAAAAACACACGAAACAAGUAUUCAACCACAAAACACAAACAUACGAAUUUAAUCUUAGACCGAUUCUUCCAAUUAGUAAUUUCCACUACUAGCAUGGUCUGACUCGCAAGGAAAUUUUUCAGUUUUACUUACGUAGUGUUUCGAUUUAUUGUUUCUAACUCAAGUACAGUAUAGAAUUUUUAUUUAAUUACGCCAUAAUGCUCUCUCGCUCUGUGAACUUUUUUUUUAAUAACAACUUUACAUUGGAAACUGGUUUCCAAUCACGUACGUAUGAUUUCUCCCACAUAAGUGAUUUCAAGUCAAUAGGUUUUUGGAGCUCCUUUGAUAUUUUCAAGUUAAAAUUUGUGUUGGUACCUGGUUACAAAUCGUGCUUCCGAGUCACGUUCACAAGUCAGAUUUAGCGAAUAUGGGAGCAAUCAUAUGCAGUUUUCGAUCACUUUCUUCGAUUCGAAGAUGGACCAUUCAAUAAUUAAGUUACACCGAGAUGGAGAAAAAAGAAAUAUCAAAACAAGCAGCACUAGUCAGCAGAUUAAUAAUCUAGUUUCUAAGUCUCUUCAUACUGUUAAGGAAGAAAGUCUCCGGUACCAUGUGGAUUAAUGUUAUUUGAGAGAGCUCGAGUGUUUUGGAAGGAGUGGAGUAUAGAGUGACUGAAAUGAGUGACGAAGCGAAACGAAUACAAUAAAAAUCAAGAUGCAGAAUCAUGAAUCAACAACCUAUGUUAUAAUGGUGUAUAAUAUAUAUAAAGCUGUUGAUCGACGUUUCUUCGGAUAGUUUAAAUUAUGAUUCCUUUCUUGUAGAGAGAUAAGAUUUGUGUAAUUUGAACGCAAAAAAACAGUCAUAAAUUAAAUAAUUCCUAUAUUUGAAAA